GUCGUUUUUAAGGUCUUCCUCCAGCAGCCUAAACAGUGCAUCUAUAGCAUCCUCAUCCACAUCCUCCUCCUCCUCAUCCUUCACUUCCUUUUUCGCCAAGCUUUUCUGCAUUCGACCACGAAUUGAAAACCAGAAAUUUCAGUUUCUGCAAACCGAGAAAGCACUUCUAAAAAAUCUCAUUUCUUACCUUCUUUAUCUUCGGCUUGGACGACGGCACUUCAGUGCGUUGGUUUCGACGGCGGGCCAAGGCCAGUGUCGACGAGAACCGAGCCGGAAAUUGACGUGGCAGUAUCAGAUUGGUGGGUGGCCGUUCGUUGCGGGAAGACGGCAACGUUAAACAGUGAAGCCCCAUGGGAGUGUUAAGCGCAGAAGCAAAAGCCAUUUUGCUCUCAAUGCGAGGAAGAUGAGAUAGAAAUUCCUCUGUUCCCAAACGGUGCCGUUUUAAAGGUCACCAGACCGCACCGCUUCCGCCCAAACGCCGAUGAGAAAAAAACGAAAAGGCGCCGCCUUUCUGCCUCUCGGUACAGGUUUAUCUACUACUCUCAGUCUGCGCGCCUUAAACGACCGCUCUUAGCGCCGUUUUAAUGGCAGACGACAAUGCGUGAAGGAAUGAUACGACGUCGUUUGAUGCGUCCACAAAUAGCUCUGCCAUAGAAGAAAAUCAUACUAUACUCUAGUUUAGUAAAGUCUCAUCUCUCUGUGUCUGAAGUUGAAGCCAAUCAUGGCAACUCCGCCAUCAUCAUCAGCUUCAAAAUCGUCAAAGGGAUGGAUAAGCAACAUCUCGUCAAUAGCCGCUCGCAUCUACUUCUUCCUAAUUAUUCUCCAGAUCCCGCUUUUCAGAGUUCCAUGCAGAUCUGGCAUGUGUACCACACCGUUGCAUGUCACUUCUUCUCAAUUGAUUGCAAGUGAAAUCUUUCCUAUUCCUGUGGUAAAAGCCCUUCUCUUCCCUGGAGCUGUUGCAAAUGGACUUGUGAGGAACAUGACUGUUCCAAGCUGGAAUAACGUAUUAGACAUCUAUAACUUGACCAAUGCAAAGGAAUCCCCUGCAGUUACUGACCUCCAGCGCUUAGAGGUUCUAGCGGGAAGCUACUUUGCUGUGGCUGGAGCCCUUGUGGGUCUUCUUAAACGAGGGAGGAUGAGCAUGUUUGGGACACUUCUAAUGCUUUGGGGCCUCAUCAAAGAAGGGAUCCUCGGAAAGCCUGUGAACACAGAUCCUACAAAAGCCGUAUUUGUCUACCCAACUAUGCUCAUUGCCGUAAUCGCUGCCUUCUCAUCUGUAAAGUAUGAUGUGAAGAAGGUUGUUAGAAGUGCACCUGCUAGGCCCAUUGCAAAGCCUCUUCAGAGGUCAUCAAAAUCUAAGCUCAAAUGAGUUGAAAUAUGUAAUCCAUCAAAUUUUUGAUCAACUUUUCACUGUGAAUGGGUUCAAAUUGUAUGUUUCAAAUUGUACGCCUUCCUGCCAAGAUUUUGUUUUAUUCUUUAUGGAAAAUAUUAUUGUCAUUUUUGUUUGUCCGAAAUUUCUCUUAUAAAUCGCAGCACAUGGAUUUAGAAA